AUGCAGAAUCUAGGAUACUUUGCAUGCAUUUUGCUUGGCUUCUUUUCCAUAGCUAGUGCCAGCUUGGAACCAUACAAGAAACUAGGCAAGAAAAGAAUAUUCUAUGCUUGUACCAAUCAAAUUACAUCGGAAGUUUCCUUUUGUCCACCAAUGGAAAGAUCUUGUCAAUGUGAAAACAAGAACUACAUGGCCACCAUUGCUGGAUGUUUAAGAGAUGUUAACGAGGAGUUGGACUUUACCAAAAAUUUCAUGCACGAAAACUGUGUCUACUAUAAUAUCACCGUGGCUGACAACUGGUACGAUACAUCGAUAAAGUUGUAUGAUGAAAAGGCAAAGUCUGCUGGUGAGAUUCCAAACUUUAAUAUGAGUGUCCCAAUUGAUGUUCCUUUCAAAUUGAACAAGUCCAUGACUGGUAUAUACCAAGAAUCAUUCAAAAGAUUCUAUGACAACUAUGAUGACUCAAUCUAUUAUGGUGCCGGUAUGUUGGGCUAUUGGUUAUUGGUGUUGAUCUUGGGUGCUAUUUUCAACUGGACAAAGAUAUUGUUCCCCAACUUUACCAAAAGGAUGACAAAUCCUGUAGUGAACUGGUGGAGAGAGUACGUUUCCAUGCCAGCUACAUUCAGAAUGAAGAAGCUGCAAGAACAAAACUUUUUGAGGUACUUUGGCUUUUUGAUCCCUUCUAGAUUUGAAUCGUUAGUCAUCUUUUUGUUUUACUGUGUUACUAUAUGGCUCCAUGCAAUGAAUAGUAAAGCUCUCCCUGGAGAUCCCGUGUUUGGUGGAAAGUAUGAUGCGGAAUUGAGAUAUGUUUCAGAUAGAACGGGUAUCACUGCAACAUUGAUGAUGCCAUUGGUAUUUUUGUAUGCUGGAAGAAACAACUUUUUGCAAUGGUUGGUGCAAUGGGAUUACAGUACCUUUAUGGCCUAUCACAGACAUACUGCAAGGGUGAUGUUUGCCUUGGCUGUGAUUCACUCAGUUGGGUACACUAUUCUUGUUAAAGAUUACUACGCUGAAGAUGCUGCAGAAACUUAUUUCUUUUGGGGUAUCAUUGCUACAACCGCUGGUGGUCUCAUCAUGAUUCAGGGGCUUUUCUAUCUCAGAAGAAGAUGGUAUGAAAUCUUCUUGUUCUUACACAUUGUGCUUGCAGCAAUUUGGGUUGUAGGUGUUUGGGUACAUGUCAGAGAUUUUGGUUUCAUCUGGUUGGUUUAUCCAGCCAUUGCUGUUUGGUGUUUCGAUAGGGUGGUGAGAAUUGGGCGUUUGAUUGUAUUUGGUUUUCCCCAUGCUGAUGUCACUUUGUUGGCUGAUGAGACAUUGAAAGUAGUUGUUCCCAAGCUAAGCUACUGGCACUCUAUCCCUGGUCGACAUGCAUUUAUUCAUUUCAUAAAGCCAACUUACUUUUGGCAAUCACAUCCGUUCACCUUCACCGAAUCAGUAGACAACAAAGACAGCAUUGUGUUAUACUGUAAAGUCAAAGGAGGAGUAACACACAGUUUGUAUCAAUCAUUGGCAAAGGCACCAGGAAGAACUUGCAAAAUAAGAGUGAGUUGCGAAGGUCCAUACGGUGAGCCAACACCUGCUAGAUAUGCUGAUACAGCUGUCUUCAUUGCUGGAGGUAACGGAAUUCCUGGAUUGUAUUCUGAAGUUGUUGACAUUGCGGAAAGAACACAAAACAGUGAUAACAAGUUGAAGUUGACCUGGGUUGUAAGAGAGUGGAGGUCGUUAUAUUGGUUCUACGAGGAGUUACUUCAAUUGAAGAAUACCAAAAUUGAAACAACUGUUUACAUCUCACAACCAAAAAGCUACACUUUUAUUGAUGAAUUCAACAAUAGAUUUGCAGGAUUGAAGAGGUUGUCAAUGGAUGGACUGGAUGAUCUUAAAGCUGACUCCAGUAAGGAAGAUGUCAAGGUUGAGGAGUCGUCGGCCUCAGAGAAACAAAGCUCAACUGAUGAGAUGGUUAGGAUUGACGAGCCAGUUCGUGAAGAUGAUGGUUCUUACCAUAGAAUCAUUGAUAUUAUCAAGAGUGAACUUUCCCACAUUACAUUUAUUGAAGGCAGACCAAGCAUUGAGGAGCUCAUUCCACAAGAGAUUCACGAAUCAAACGGAUCUAUUGCUUUUGUUACUUGCGGACAUCCUGCCAUGGUUGAUCAAGUACGUUACUACUGCGCUAAGAAUGUAUCAAACAAGGAAAGGAAAAGGGUCUACUUCUAUGAGCAGAUUCAAGUAUGGGCCUAA